AUGGCAGCUGCAGCACGUCCAUUCAACCCCAACGACUAUCCUGUGGUUAUUGGCAUUGACUUUGGUACAACCUUCUCGGGAUGCUCGUACGCAUUUAUUCAAAACGACGAGGUGAUUGAUAUCGUGCGAUGGCCAAAGCAAAACAACAAUGUGUAUCCAAAGACACCUACAUUGAACUUUUAUCAUGGCAACUCGGAUCAAAUGACUCAGUGGGGUAACGCAGCACGUCUCGAGAUGCAACGUCCUACUGCUCGUAAUUCGGUGCUCCUCAAGCAAUACAAGCUCUAUCUCGAUGAAAACAUUGCAAAGGAUCUUCCUCCUCUUCCAAAUGGUUUGACCAUUGUCGAUGCUAUCGCCGACUAUCUUCGUGCAUUCCAUGAUCACGUUGUCAAUGAACUCAAGAAGGGUUUCGCUCGCAACUAUGGCCAACACCAAUUCAGAUAUUGCUUGACCGUGCCUGCCAUGUGGUCCGACAAGGCCAAGAGUACGAUGCGUGAAGCUGCUAUCAAGGCUGGAUUGAUCAACGAGGAUGACCAUCGUGAUCGAUUAACAUUGAUCUCUGAACCUGAAGCUGCUGCCUUGUACUGUGAGAAAAAGUGCGACCAAUUCAACCUUCGUCAUGGCGAUCGAUUCAUGAUUUGUGAUGCUGGUGGUGGUACCGUGGAUUUGAUCGUUUUUGAAAUUGAUGAACAUGGUGGUCGCAAGUUGCGUGAAUGUACCAAGGGUCAUGGUCAAUCAUGUGGCUCAGUGUUUUUGGAUCGACGUAUGCGAAAGUUGCUCAAGAAAAAGUUCAAGGAAUACUUGUCAUCCAUUCCAGCAUCUGCAUUUGAGACCAUGAUGGAUACCUUUGUGGAUUUGAUCAAGCCCCAAUUCGAUGGUAUCGAUGACCAAUUCAUUUCGUUACCAGCAUCCAUGAAUCUCGAUUCGCUCAACAACCCAGCCAUUGGUCUUGAGGAUGGCACUUUGUGUAUCACAGCUGCCGAAUUAAAACAAGAGGUGUUUGAACCUGUCAUCCGCGAGGUGCUGGCACUCGUCGAGGAUCAACUCAUCAAGGCUCAAUCUUUGCAAGCUGUCUUUUUGGUGGGUGGUUUUGGUUCAUCCAAUUAUUUAUUUGAAAGAGUACAACAAGAAUUCGCUCCCCGUGUUGGUUUGGUAGCCGUUCCUCCUCGUUGUGAGCUGGCUGUUGUACGUGGUGCUGUUUACUUUGGCCUGAAUCCUCACGUCGUCACUACUCGUAUCCCUCGUUACUGGUAUGGCAUUGAUACUACUACCACCUUUGAAGAAGGCAUCGAUCCUCCAAGCUACAAGAUCAUUCGAGCCGAUGGUAGCGUGCGAUGUGAUAAUCGUUUCUCAGUUUAUGUACGACGAGGAGAAGCACUGGACAUUGAUAAUUGUGUUUCCAAAGACUUUUUCGCUUAUUACCCACAUCAUACCACGUGUACUUUAUAUGCUGCAGACACUGAAGAACAACCUCGCUACACUACAAGCCCUGGUGUUCGUAAGGUCGCCAACUUUACCAUCCCCAUGCCAACAUUGCCCGGUGUUAUGGAAGGAGAAAAGGUGGAUCUUUCGAUUAAGAUGUACUUUGGUGAAGUAGAAUUACGAGUAGAGGCGGUCAUCCGAGGGAAGACUUACGGCACUACCUGCACAUUCGAUAGUGAUUAA